GAGAGGAACACACAAGUGCUGAGCGACUGUAUGCGCUGUGCUCGCCUGCUGCGGGCGCUUGUAUUUGUUUGCUGACUGAAGUGUUGUUCUGUCUUCACCGCGGCAAGGGAAAUCACCACCUAACAAAGCCCCAACUGUGUGCAGUCCAGCAACUGAAAACAGAUCGGGAAACAGGAGAGGGAGUCUGAAAGUGUGAGGGAGAAACAGUUUGGGGCUCCACUGCAGAUCUGUGAGGAUGCUAUGCCAAGAGUUCCCGCUCUAACGGAUGCCACUCACCUGUAGUACAUCUUAAAGCCAGCACAACAAAGGACAGGACAAUCUGAUUGCCGACUUCACAAGCUGCAUGGGGGUUCUAGUGUGUUGUGACUGCUUCUUUUACAGGAAAUCCAAAACGAAGCCCAAUGGAAAGAAAGCACCCGCUGAAGAGAAGAAGCACUACUUGGAGCCAGAGUACACAAAAGUGCGGGUCAUGGACUUCGACCUGAAAGAUUUGGUGGCGCUUCCCACCAGAGAGAUAGACCUCAACGAAUGGCUCGCCAGCAACACAACAACCUUCUUUAAUCUCAUAAAUCUGCAGUAUAGCACAAUCUCAGAGUUCUGCACAGGGGACACAUGCCAAGCCAUGACGGCCUGUAACACAAUAUACUACUGGUAUGAUGAGAGGGGGAAGAAGACGAAGUGCACAGCGCCUCAGUAUAUUGACCUCGUUAUGACUUUCGUGCAGAAAUUAGUGACGGACGAAGAAAUCUUUCCCACAAAAUAUGGCAAAGCCUUCCCGAACUCGUUCGAGUCCCUGGUGAAGAAGGUGUGCCGGUUCCUGUUCCACGUGUUGGCGCACAUUUACUGGUCGCACUUUAAAGAGAGCGUGGCUCUGGAGCUGCAGGGACACUUGAACACACUGUACGCUCACUUCAUCGUCUUCGUCAGGGAAUUCAACCUGAUCGACCCCAAGGAGACCUGCAUCAUGGACGACCUGUCGGAGGUGCUGUGCGCCCCCCUGCCCCCCCUCCCACACAGUCACGUGACCGAGAGAUGAGCC